AUGGUCACUUUUGAUGUGAUUCAUGGAAUCCGGGUUGGGGAAAACCACUGGGCCCAAAUUCUUGCUGUCAGAGUUGUCAAUGCAAGCCCCAGUUAUCCAAUUGCCACUGAGGGUAUUACGACUGCAGUUGCCAGGCUGUAUGAUCCUCUCUACUUUGAUCACACUGAUGAUGGAGUGGACCCUUUUCUUCUUGCCAAAUACCACAUUAUUCACGAACUACCCACGGAUGAGUCAUCCUCACACAUUGUUCGGCUCGUUCUGAUUGAGUGCAUUCCUGGCUCUUCAACCCAGGAGCUUCGCUCGCGGGGUUUCUCCCAGCCGGAACGGGAACAAAUUAUAAAAUACAUUAUUGAGGCUGAAUCCAACAUUUAUACCAAGCAUGUAUUCCUUCGUGAUCUUACACCCAAGAAAUGUCUUGAUUGUGCAGGAUCCCGAGUUCUCGAGUACAAGAAUAUAAAAACUUUGCGAUUUGACGGUCGGAAACCCCCGAUUGCUCCUCAGACACACGCUGCUGCGACAAUCGACGGGCGCCGUUGGAAGAUUCUUCGCUUCCGAGAGGCAAUGCAAUUAAACCGUCCAAACAAGCCAUGA